AUGGUGUCUAACGGGAGACAGUACACAACGGAAGCGCAUCCUUCAGCUGCCGAUGGCGGCCAGACCGUCACCCAGAACGAUUUCAAAAUCACGACGCGGAAACUGCCCAUCCUCAAGGCGGAACCCAUCGAGAAGAUGACAGAGAACCUCGGGAUCGCUCUUCCAGAAAUGAUUUUUGGCGAUAAUCUAGUAUCAAUUGAGCAUGCUGAGAGCUCUUUUGGCAUCAGCUUCAAUACUUAUGACGCCCUCGAUCUGGUAGACAAAACAGGGGGUUCAAUGCUUCAGGUCGCACAUUCCAAAGAAUGGCAGAGCACGCGAGAGAAGAAGCAUGAGGGUAUAACGGAAGUGGUCAAGCCUUUCGAUUGGUCGUACAGCACCACCUACAAGGGCACAUUACGGCGCGACUCACCGGAUUUUCAACCAUCUCAGACACCAAUCCCACUACAUUUGUUGAUGCGCCAAGAUCCGAUACUGUUCUUCGACGACGUCAUGCUGUAUGAAGACGAGAUGGCCGACAACGGUAUCACUAUGCUAUCCUGUAAAAUAAGAGUAAUGCCCCAGAGGCUACUCCUGCUGUGUCGCUUCUUCAUGCGCUUGGACAACGUUCUUAUCAGGAUACGGGAUACUAGGGUCUAUAUUGACUUUCGGAAAGGAGAGAUCAUUCGAGAAUACCAAGCAAAGGAGGAAAGGUACGAAGUGGUGCGACAGCCACAGCCAUAUCAAAGGCAUGGGGGGAGAACAAAAGUCGAUCAAUUGCAGACAGAUGCUUCACAAGUGCAUCAUCCUGUCACAACCCCAGCCCCUGCAACGUCAACGCAGAAGGCUCAAGAAGCUACCCAAUUCAGCCCGGUACGAACGAUUGCGAAGGAGUUUCGAAAAAGGGCUAGCGCCACGACAGAAACAUACAUAGCUUAUGCAGCCUGUGAAAAACUGGUGACAGAAUGCGCCCGUCAAGCAAAUUACGUAAUGCCACAGGCUGAACAGAAGAACAUUGAUAUUCCUAAGACAAAGGAAGGGGAAGACCUUGGGAAGGGGGAUGGGUGGUGGUACGAGAGUGUGUUGUGCGAUCCCAGAUUCCUUUCAAAUACUGAUAUAUUGGCAGCACUCGAGCUUCCACCCACGUUCAAUACCUGGGCUCAAGUGACCUUUCUGCAUAUGUACAUGCUUACGUGCCGCUUUCGUAUGUUUCCCUAUGCUUCGACCUGGCAUCAACAUCUGUUGGAUCACUUCUUCUUCAUGGCAGAGGAUCGCAUGACCAAGCAGCACGGGAUUGUGGCAGGGUCUGCACGGAGCAAAUACCUGAAGGAUCUAUUUGUGCAAUGGAGAGGACUGACUGCAGGGUACGACGAAGGUCUGGUAAAAGGGGAUGCCGUUCUGGCAACUGCCGUCUGGAGGAAUAUCUUCAAGGCUGAUGACAACGUGGAUUUUCGAGGCAUUGGGCAGAUUGUGAGCUACGUCAGGGGCGUUUUGCAGGGCUUAGAGAAGAUACCAGAUGAAGAUAUCGCAAGUGGAGAUGUUGCUUUCAGCUCCCCGGAGAGAGAGAGGAACAGUGUGAUGAUACGAAGCCGUAUGAUGGAGACGUUGGUAGAUGUCAAAUAUAGCGAAGCGAUGCCUACCAAAUGA